AUUCAAUUUAAUCAAAUUCUUAUUGGGCAAUGCUUGCUUUGUAAGUGUCGUGUUUUUGUAGGAAAUAUAUUUAUUUAUAAUAAUUCUAACAGAUAAACAAUGAAUAAUAUUAGCCCAACAAUAAAUUAUUACAUCACUAUUAUUUUGCAUUUGUUUAUCACAUCAUUAAAAUAAACCUUUAAAAAUGGAAGAAGAAUUGAGAUGUUUUGUGUGCAAAGAAUUUUACAGGGAACCUGUGCUUUUACCUUGUGGGCACGCUUUAUGCCGUAGCUGUGCGACAGGUUUACAAUGCCCUGUCCAUGAAACUGAGAAUUCAGUGGCUUCUAGUGAUUACCAGGAAGCUGACAAAGCGUCUGUGUCUAGCGAAACGGAUAGCGGCGUGGUAUGUGGAUCAAGGCCUAAUAGUUACGCAGGAACGCCUGCCGCGCCCGUUUUUCCUACAGCGGCAUUUACUUUAUCAUGUCCAUUGUGUAGAAAACAAGUUUACUUAGAUGAUAAUGGAGCUGACGGUUUGCCACCGUUCCGCGUUAUGCGGACUAUCGUGGAGCGAUUCGGAGGAGUUACUGGAUCUCCACCUGCUGAAGAGGCAUGUCAGAUGUGCGAAGGCGAGCGCAGAGCAGCCAUAGUGCGUUGUGAGCAAUGCUCGGUGCGAUACUGUGCGGGAUGCAGAGAUGCUUGGCAUCCGACUCGUGGUCCCCUAGCACAGCAUGUACUUAGAGCACUCGGCACCACAUGCAUUGACCAUGGAUCCUCCCCAGUAUUAUUUUGCAACACAUGCUUAGUCCCUAUCUGUCAACGUUGUCAUGCUGAAAAGCAUGCCACACAUGAGACACAACAACUAGCCACAGCUGCCAGGGCCCAUAAGACUGAACUAUCACAAUCACUUCAUCAACUUUCUGAACAAGCUAAAGCCAUGACAGAAUAUAUACAAUUGGUAAAAGGAUCAAGUGAAAAGAUUAAUGAAUCUUGUGAAGACCUUGAGAAGCAGAUAGACCAAGCCUGUGCAGAAGUGAUACACGCGGUGGAAGUCCGUCGUGACGAGCUGGUGAGGGCGGCGCGGGGCACCCGCUCGCAGACCGCGGCCGGCAUGCGCUCGCUCACGUCUCAGGCCGCACAGAAGCUUCGCGAAGCCACUGCCUUGCUACACUUCUCUAUAGAAGCAUUGAAGGAGUCUGACCAUGCAGCAUUUCUUCAGGUGGGCAGCAUUCUGUCUAUGCGCGCGCAGCAAACAGCCAGCAAGCUGAGCUCCUCGCUGUCGCCGCCGCCCGCCGCGCCCGCGCUCACGCUCGACACCGAACCUGUGCUGCGCACUGUACGCUCCAUGAACUUCAUUGAGUGCAUACCGCCGGGCGCGCCCUCGAUGGCGGUGGAGGCGUGCGCGGCGCGCGGAUGCUCGUGCACGCUGGCGUGGCGCGCGCCCGCCGCCGCCGUGCGCGGCUACGUGCUCGAGCUGGACGACGGGCUCGGCGGGCCCUUCCGGGAAGUGUACUGCGGUCGCGAGACAGUGUGCACAAUAGACGGAUUGCACUACGCGUCCCUGUACAGUGCUCGAGUGAAGGCCUUCAACGGCGCCGGCGACGGCCCCUACAGCGAGGUCAUCGGCCUGCAGACAUCACCCGUGGCGUGGUUCUCGUGGGACGCGCGCUGCGGCGGCGCGGAGGGCUGCGACGGGCUGCAGCUGAGCGACGGCGGGCUGAGCGCGCGCGCGGGCGGCUGGCAGCCGCGCGUGGCGCUCGCCGACCAGCCGCUCGCGCGCGGCACGCACUACUGGAAGCUGAGGCUCGACCAUUACGACGCCGACGCCGACCCUGCCAUAGGCAUCGCGAGGGCCGACGUCGCCAGGGACAAGAUGCUAGGCACGGACGCGCUAGGCUGGGCGAUGUACAUAGACAGUACGCGGUCGUGGUUCGUGCAUGGAGGGGCGCACGGAGGCCGCGUGGCCGGGGGCGUGGCCCAGGGCAGCUGUGUGGGCGUCCUGCUGGACCUCACCAGGGGCACUCUGCAGUUCACCGUGGACGACCGCCCGCAGGGCGACAUCGCAUUCACGGGUCUUCGCGGUGCUUUCUACCCAGCGGUGUCUUUAAACCGCGGCGUGGCCGUCACUCUACAGCCUGGCCUGCCACCGCCGCCGGACUUGCUGAUGUCCCAGCUCGCUAUAGAGUAAUCUAGACUUACAUUCUCAUCAUGAGAAGGGAUGAAGGAGACAUUGAUAGUUUCUCCUUGCAUUGAUACAAAGCUUGCGAUAAGCGCCCAUAGUUAGUCCCAUAAGGUGCGCACUAUCGUGUAAUAACAGUUAUCUAGACGAGAUAAAUCUCCUCUGAAAACGGCAGAUUUUAUCGCCCCCUAACAACAAGAGCGCGAGUGUCGAUUCAGUUCACUUUAUUGUGUCACAAGGUUUUUCAAUAGUAGCUUAAAGUUUUGUUUCAACAGUAGCAACGAGCAGAACUCACUACAAUUGAAAAACCAUUGAUUAUUAACAUUUAGCGCUUCCAGAAUUUUUGGAAUAAAAGGCUAAAAUAAAUACCAUCGAAUCGAAGGCCAUUUUAAUUUAUCACAUAUCUUACCUAUGUACUUACGUAAAAGAAUGAGUAGAUUUGCAUAAGCCGCCCAGUAGUUUAAGUUAAUAUAUUAAUUGUUUUUGACAUAUUUAUAGUUUGUAGAUAGAAAUUAUUGAAUACAGUUUGAUGUGUGAUUUAAUUUUAACAUAAUUGUUUGAAUUACUGAUCAGAAUGCUAUAACUUCUGUGAUUUUAAAACCAUUUCAUUCAAAUACAUUAAUUAUCAAAAUUUAAUACUACCUACAUUAUUCGGAUUUUUUUAAACACCUUUGGUAAUCGCACCAUCGAGAAAAUAUUCAAAGUUUUGCUAGCUACCCUAAUUUUUAAAAGUUAAAAAUACUUUGAUCAUUAAGAUCCAUCCGAAUUUAUUUGGAAACCUUCGUGAUUCUCCCUUUUAUCGCAAAGUAUAUACAAUCGAAACAUCGAAGGAACGUGUCAACAAUGACAUCGGUUUGUACGUUACGUAAACUAACAUACCUACUUAUUCUGAUCGUUACAUAUUUUUAGGUAAAAAACCAACCGGGUUGAUUUAAAAAAAUAAUUUUUGUUUUCAAAUAUAAUAUGUAUUAUGUUUCCGUAUCCUGUCACUGUGUGUACCAACAAAUAAUGACUAUUCUGAAUGGUCUAUAGGUACAGUAAAAGUCUUCAGAAAAUAAUUUAUCUAUUUUUACUGUUUUUCUUUUUCGUACGAACAUUUCCAUGAAACUGUUACAGUACAAAUAAGUGUAAUCUUUUUUAUAACAUAUUAGUUUUAACACUGCCAGGUAAGAAAUGAUGUUGCACAAUCAACUGGUGCUUGGGACCUGAACUAUAUUCCAUUUCCAUGUUGUGUAUCAGGUUUAUAUAAUAAUUUUUAUAUUUUUUUAUUUCUGUAAGAGUCGCGGUGUCUAGUUUCCUCCUGCUGUUUGAGUAUUGUACUUAUUCAUAUUUUGAUAUGUUAUAAGUAAUUCCAUAAUAUAUUGAACCUUGUUUAACCUUGAACGAACAUACCUGUCGCGGUACAAAUUGUUUUAGUAAAUUGAAGAUUAACUACACUGUAACGUCUACUGUUACUAUUUCCUACCUCUUAAGUUUUAUCAACUGAUUAUCGGGCGGAAGCAGGAGCGUGCCAGUUCCAUGUUUCGUCCGGAGUCUUAAAAUGUCGUUGUAUACACUGUACAAGCUAUUACACCUAUAAUACCUAUAUACAUACGUAAGGGUAACAUAUGGUACCUUGGGUAUUAACAAUUCUAGAAUGGGUGCUCAAAAAUAUUUUUUCGCAUUCUUUACAAUGGACGCGUCUGAUGACUACUAUAAGUGUUAAUAUUUACUUGAAACUUCGCAUAGAUCUACACAAGGUACCGUAUGUUGAUAUUCCGUAUGUCUAAUAGGUAUUUUAUAAAAUGUAUAUUGUAUAUGAACUCGGUGUCACGUGUCACGUCCGUGUCCGUUCAGUCUCAGAAAAGUAUCGAAAUAAAUUAUAUGAAUUCAUCGCAGGAAGCAACUAGCACCUUCGCGAAUUUUUCAUACACAUAGCUUUUAUUAAUGGUUGCUAUUUUUUUUAUUAUACUAUUUUUACAAUUAAAAAAUCCUGCAAAUUGGCCAUUACUAGUCAUAAAACAUGAAUCAAAAAUCCAGAAAUGGAGCAAACGCCUAUUAAUAAUAAUAUAUAGUUAUAGAUAUUUGUCUAAUCAUUUAAAAAUUAUUAAAUUGAAAUGUUGCCAUUAUGUUAUAUGGGUCAUAAAAUGUUUGUUUAAUGUUUUUCUAAAACUAUUUGUGACAACGAAGGUUUGACAUAGUUUGACAAGACAGUUUUUUUAAAGAGUUUCGUCACCAACAAGUGUUCCGAGGCCCUUAACCUUUACGUGUUUGUAUUGUUUGGGUUUAAGCAAUGCCAUAUAUGUACUUAAUUAAAUUAUGACUGAUUUAUAUUAAAACUUCAGGUAAAAUUUA